UUCUCUGUCAUAACUGGCUCUGAUGUGGACUUUUAAAUAUGUUUCGAUGCUUAAUAACUUGACUAUGUUAUAAAAGCUGGUCUGGAGGCGACUACUAGAUAGUAGCUAGUAACGACUAGUAGCCUUACGUAAUUGACGUAAUUUAUCAGAGGAGCUCCAUGACGACUGCCAACGUAAAGUGCGGAGGAAAAGCUCUCCAAAUGGUGUCCCUGGUUUGCACCUUACAAGACCACCGAGAUGACGUCAACUGGUGCACCUUCUCAGCACAACUGCUGGCCACGUGUUCGGGAGACAAGACGGUGCGCGUGUACAACACCAAGGACUUCUCUGAGCUGGCCUUCUCGCCGCUGGAAGGUCACGGCUACGGCGUCCACUGCUGCUGCUUCAGUCCCUGCGGUCAGUUCCUGGCCUCCUGUUCCACCGACGCCACCACGCUGGUCUGGUCCAUGUCCUCGGGGGAGAUAGAAGCCGUCCUGGAGCAUCCCGGUCGCAGUCCCGUCAGGAUCUGCGCCUUCUCUCCUGACUCCGCCCACUUGGUUUCUGGCGCCUCGGAUGGUUCUUUGGCUCUGUGGGAUUUCCCCUCCAAGCAGCUUCGUGGGAGCGGCUGCGUGAGCGACACGACAAUUGUGGCGUGCUCCUUCAGCCCGUGCAGCCAGAUGUUUGUCAGCGGCUCCACCUACGGAGACCUGCGCCUGUGGGACCUGCACAUGCACCAGUGCCAUGCGGAGAAGAACGCCCACGACCUGGGAGUCACCUGCUGCGCCUUCGCUCCCGCCAUUCUCAGCGACAGUCAGGUGGUGCAGUUCCGCCUGGUGUCGUGUGGACAAGACAACCAUGUGAAGGUGUGGACAGUGACCAAGAUGACUUCCGGAGCGUUCAGGAUGCAGUUGUUGCACACGCUAGCAGAGCAUUCAGCUCCCGUCCUCACAUGUGCCUUCUCCUCAGACGGACGCAGGCUGCUUUCUGGCUCUGUGGACAAAACCGUGACAAUAUAUGACGCAGUGAGUUCCUUUGUCUACAAAGUAACCCUCUCACCUUUUAUUCAGUUUUUCAUCACAUUUUUUUGUACUCUGCAGGAAAAUGCUGCGUUACUUUACACACUGAGUCAACAUGAAAGGUAUGUGACGGCGUGUUGCUUCUCUCCGACCUCACCACUCAUCGCCACAGGAUCCAUGGACAAGACGGUCAACAUCUGGAGGCUGGAAGAUGGCUGCACUGGCCCCGCUGGGAAGUCGCUGCCUGAACAACCUUCUGGGACAUCAUCUGAAGCGUCCACGUCGACAGGCCGCUCCAAGGUGUUGCUCUGCGAUUGGUCGGAGGAGGACGUGUGUGCGUGGCUGCUGGAGGAGGGACUGGAAGGACUGGUGGACACCUUCAGGACCAACAACAUCGACGGGACGGAGCUGCUGGCUCUCACCAAGGAAACACUAACCACAGACCUGCACGUAGAAUCAUUGGGACUGCGCUGCAAAGUCCUGAGAAAGGUGGAGGAGCUGAAGAAGGAGUGGACGUGUUGUGGUGUUCCUGACGAGUUCCUGUGUCCCAUCACCAGAGAGCUGAUGAGAGAACCUGUCCUCGCCGCCGAUGGAUAUUCGUAUGAGAAGGAGUCGAUCAGCAUGUGGCUCCACAGCAAGCAGCGUUCCAGUCCAAUGACCAACCUGCCCUUGCUGACCACCCUGCUGACGCCCAACCACACCCUGAAGAUGGCCAUCGCUCGCUGGAGGACCAGCAGCCACUAGCAGCCUCCGUCACCAUGGCGACAGGAGCCCUCAUCAUUUCAGGUAGACCAGCCCAUCACAUUUCUACAUCCCACAAAGACUCUUAGUAGGAAUAUUAUUAUUCUACCUUCUGACAUUCUCUGCUCA